GAGCUCGAGGCCUCGAGCAAUAGUAAGAUCUGACUGAUCUCGUGAGCUGCCUCUCCAGUGUGCUCUGUAGCCCGCGCAGAUCAGUGAUGCCUUCGGCGGCGAUGACGGUAGCGGCGGGUCUGGCGACCGGGCCGGGCAGCCGUGUGACUCGGUUCGCCAAGUCGACGGCGGCGUCGGUGACGCCCGUGAGGCCGGGCAAGACGCACGCGCUGUCGCCCCUGGACAACGCCAUGGAGCGGCACACGGUGCACGUGGUGGUCUACCUCCGCGCCGCGCCGGGCCUGGACAGGGAGCAGCUCAAGGAGUCGCUCUCCGAGGUGCUGUCGCUCUACCCGGCCAUGACCGGCCGGCUCACGCGCGGCGAAGGCAGCGCGGACGCCGAACCUGCGCACCGGGGUUGGGUCGUGAAGUGCAACGACGCCGGCGUGCGCAUGGUGGAUGCCAGGGCGGCCGUCACGCUCGACGAGUGGCUCGCCACGGCGACCGGCGACGAGGAGAUGGACCUCCUCUAUUACGAGCCCAUGGGGGCCGAGCCUUACAUCUGGUCUCCGUUCUACGUCCAGCUGACAGAGUUCACCGACAAGUCGUACGCGCUGGGGCUGAGCUGCAUCCACAUCCACAACGACCCCACCGCUGCCGCUCUCUUCUUCCACGCCUGGGCAGCCGCCCACCGCCGGACCACCAGCACGUACCCGCCCUUCCUUCACCCGCCGGCGUUGGCGGUCUCCCCGACCUCGCCGCCCCCUGCACCGCCUCUGCUCGCCGAGAAAGCCAGCGCCGCCUCCCCCACCAGCACAGAUGCCGCCGCCGCCAUGUCUUCCGCCACGUUCCACUUCCCGGCCUCCGCGGUGCGCGCGCUGCUCUCCUCCCUGGAGCCGGGCACCACCCCGUUCGCGGCGCUCGCCGCGCUCUUCUGGCUCCGGAUCACCGGCGCCGCCGACGGGGAGCGAGAGCUCACACUGGCGCUGGACUUCCGCAAGCGGAUGUACGCGCCGCUGCCGUGGGGGUACUACGGCAGCUCCGUCCACUUCACGCGCGCGCGCGCCGACCUCGCGUCCGGCCUGCCCGCCGUGGCCGCGGCGCUGGACCGCCACGUUGCCGGCGUGCCGGAGGAGGAGCUGUGGCGCGCCCUGGAGUGGCUCCACACGCGGCAGCAGCAGGAAAACGCGCCGUUCCAGAUGUAUGGGCCGGAGCUGACGUGCGCGGCGCUGGACCACGUGCCCAUGUACGGCGCGGAGUUCGAGGCCGGGGCUUCUCCGGCGCGCGUGUCGUGCCGCGUGGGCGGGGCCACCGGCGAGGGGCUGGUGCUCGUCCUGCCCGCGCCCGAGGGCGGCGAGGCGCGGGACGUGGUGGUGACGCUGCCCGCGGGGGCGACGGCCAGGGUCUGCCGCGACGCCGAGGUGCUCCGGCACGGUGCCGAAGUUGUGUUCGGGGCGAAGGCCGAAAAGGAGGAGUAGGCCCAGUGCCACGAGUCACGACGGAGCAACAAGAAUCGUUGUGCUGCUGGCCUGCUGAUGCUGGUCCCUGCGGAACUUGAUCCUGAUCCACGCAAUUUACUUUUGUAUACUCUGUGGGCUGUGGCCCUUCGUUUGAUUUCGAUGUAAUCAGUCGCCAUGUUUGAUGGAGGAAAGCAUUGCCGCAUUGCUGUUCGCAACCAUACCUCUCCAAUCAGCCCAUGUGGAGAGUACGGGUAGGUUCAUCUGUUUGGAAAUCUUGUCCCCACGACGCAUCCUGAUUAUGCGCGUGAGACGCUAACUCUUUCCACGCAAUCCACCAUUGUUUACAAGCGAAAGAUAUUACGAAUUUAGAAAAUUUAUUUUUAAUUGAAUCUAAACAUUGUAUAGCAAAUAUGUAACGAUAUAUAGGUGUGUACACGUGUAUGUGUUGAGCAGCAUUUGUGGC